GUAGAGACGCUGACCUGACGGUGCUGCAGCUGCUGAUGCUGAGGAGAGAGCAUCCUCCGCAGCAGGUUUCCCCUCAGAGAGGCCCUGUGUUUUUAUAGAUGUGAUGUUAGAAAUAAGAGUAGUAUUAACAUCAUAUGAGAAAUCAUUACCGUGAGUUCAGACGGCUCCCGGUGACCUCCCGGUGACUCCCUGAGCUCCGCGAUGGUGGAUUUAUUAUCCGGGAGUGGUGCAGUGUCGCCCGGGCACGCCAGACAGGGACAGGGCUGCGGGAAUAACGGGAAGAAAACGUCGAAAAAGUCACGAACGAGAAGAGGCAAACGAGGCCGAAGGAGAAGGAACAAAAAGAACAACCGGAACAACAAAACACCGCCACCGUAUUUCCCACCGGAGGCUGAAGAAGGAAACAUCGAGUACAAGCUGAAGCUGGUUAAUCCCACUCAGUAUCGCUUCGAGCACCUGGCCACGCAGCUGAAGUGGCGUCUGCAAGAGGGCCGCGGCGAGGCCGUCUACCAGAUCGGAGUGGAGGACAACGGCCUGCUGGUCGGUCUGACCGAGGCCGACAUGAGGGCGUCGCUCAAGACCUUAAAGAGGAUGGCGGAGAAAGUCGGAGCCGACAUCACGCUCCUCCGAGAGAGAGAGGUGGACUACGACUCGGACAGAAACACGCGUAAGAUCGCAGAGGUCCUGGUUCGGAAAGUUCCUGAUGAUCAGCAGUUCCUUGACCUGCGGGUGGCAGUUCUUGGCAAUGUUGACUCAGGGAAGUCGACCCUGCUGGGCGUCCUGACGCAGGGCGAGCUGGACAACGGGCGAGGACGAGCGCGACUCAACCUCUUCAGACAUCUACACGAGAUUCAGACGGGACGAACCUCCAGCAUCAGUUUCGAGAUCCUCGGCUUCAACAGCAAAGGAGAGGUCGUGAACUACAGCGAGUCUCGGACAGCGGAGGAGAUCUGUGAGAGCUCCUCUAAGAUGAUCACCUUCAUCGACCUGGCCGGACACCACAAGUACCUGAAGACGACCAUCUUUGGCCUCACCAGCUACUGCCCCGACUUCGCUAUGCUAGUGGUGAGCGCCAACACGGGCAUCGCCGGUACGACCCGGGAGCACCUGGGCCUGGCCAUGGCGCUGAAGGUUCCCAUCUUCAUCGUGGUCAGUAAAGUGGACCUGUGCUCGCGCGGCACCGUGGACAGAACGGUCCGUCAGCUGGAGCGGGUCCUGAAGCAACCGGGCUGCAACAAGGUUCCCAUGGUGAUAUCGAACCCCGAUGACGCUGUGACGGCAGCGCAGCAGUUUACCCAGUCAGCAUGCAUCACGCCCAUCUUCACCCUGUCCAGUGUGUCCGGAGAGAGUCUGGACCUGUUGAAGGUUUUCCUGAACAUCCUUCCUCCUCUGAGCAACAGCAAGGAGCAGGAGGAGCUGAUGCAGCAGCUCACCGAGUUCCAGGUCGACGAGAUCUACUCUGUUCCCGAUGUGGGGACCGUGGUGGGGGGAACUCUGUACAGUGGAGUGUGUCGGGAGGGCGAGCGGCUGGUGGUCGGUCCCACAGACGAGGGUCGAUUCCUGCGUCUGAAGGUGGGCAGCAUCCAGAGGAACCGCUCGGCCUGCAGGGUGCUGAGGGCGGGACAGGCCGCCACGCUCGCUCUGGGAAACUUUGACCGCUCGCUGCUGCGCAAGGGCAUGGUGAUGGUCAGUCCCAAGAUGAACCCGACCAUCUGCUGUCAGUUUGAAGCCGCCAUCGUGCUGCUCUUCCACGCCAAGACCUUCCGUCGGGGCUCGCAGGUCACCGUGCAUGUCGGCAACGUGCGGCAGACGGCGACCGUGGAGUGUCUUCACGGGAAGGAGGAGCUGCGUACGGGCGAGAGAGCCGUGGUCCGCUUCCGCUUCAUCAAACACCCGGAGUACCUGCGACUCGGCGCCAAGCUGCUCUUCAGGGAGGGCGUCACCAAAGGCAUCGGCCACGUCGCCCGCCUCCUGCCCCCCUCCCAGAACCACGACCAGAACCAGAUCCACGACCAGAACCUGUAGGAGCCCCCAAAGAGUCCUCCAUCCUCCGAGUCAUGUGGGGCUCCAUGAGAACAUUCAGAAGUCAUCGAUCGUGGCUUUACUCCCCCCCGCCACAUGUCGGCGUUUUAAUCCGCCCGUUCUGGAUCUAUAGUUCUGUCCUCGUCCUGUGAUGUCACAGAGCCCAUCAGCAUCCUCUUCCUUCCAGCAGAUGUUCGUGUCUUGAGUUGGAGCUGGUUGACCUCGUGGACUUAAGCCUGGACCGUUAAUCUGAGGCGGGUGUCACAAGUUUUGCCGUGAGAAGGCAGCAGGAUUAUUUUGGGGGGGGGGAUUUGAGGAACGCUUGGAUGUAAACUCUCUGCAGCACACGCAGGACUGACCCCCUCGGUUUGGCCGCUCCUCAACAUCAAAGCUGCACACGCUCAGACUGAACAAGACAUUUGAAGAGAGGGGGGAUUAUUUCCACGAGCAGCUCGAGUUUUGCACAUCAGGAACAUGACGCUGGUUUUCACAUCAGCAGCCCAUAAACUUCUAAAGGUGAAUAUUUAACGUCACUGCUGCACAUUUUCAACGAGUAAGGUGGCUGUUGAGGGUCAUUUUUUUUUAACACUUGUGUGUGGAAAAAACAGAAAAACAGACGUCCAUAAAUCAGCUCUCGGUUCAUGCAGGAGAGAGAAUCACAGAUACGAGGUAUAAAUACUGCAGGAAAACACAAUGAAUGUGACGCUUCAAGAUGAUUUGUUUGACCAAUUUGUCCUGAAAAAAAAAUAGUUUUUGUGAAUCCAAACUUUUGCAAAAAUUUUGAGAGAGUUCAAAGUGACAUUCAUAACACAUACAUAAAAACGACUUUAUUUAUUUAUCACACAAACGUGUCUUGAGAUCAGCCUGCGCUUUUUCAUCCCUCUAAAUCUCCCGAUAUUUUCCUGAUCUGGUUGUUCACACAUGCACCUCACAGUGGGAGACUAUCCCUGUCAGAGGGGAGGGGGGGCGGGUUCUCCUGAGGUAAGUCUAAGCAGUCCUCUUUAAGACGCUAUAAUGAGAAUAUUUGUCUUUCUAUCAACGCUACAUGUAGUUGAAGAGACUCUCAAUGUGAACUGAAGAGAGGAGAAGAACAAACUGGAGAACAGGAAACAUAAUGCAGCAGGCUGAUUAGAGCACGG